AUGAGCGGUCCCGGUCGUGUAGUGAAAUGUGUUGUCGUUGGGGAUGGUGCUGUUGGGAAAACAUGCCUUCUAAUAUCCUACACCACAAAUAAAUUUCCCUCGGAAUAUGUUCCAACCGUUUUCGACAAUUACGCCGUUACCGUUAUGAUUGGUGGCGAUCCAAUGACUCUCGCUCUCUUUGAUACAGCCGGUCAAGAAGAUUAUGAUCGCUUGAGACCUCUCAGCUACCCUCAUACGGACGUUUUCUUGUUGUGCUUCUCCGUUGUGAAUCCUACUUCGUUCACCAAUAUUAAGGAAAAGUGGUGUGACGAAAUCAAGCAUCACCAGCCAUCUGCAACCUUUAUUCUUGUUGGUACGCAAGCCGAUCUUAGAGAUGAUGCGGCAACACUAGAAAAAUUGGCUAGGAACAAUCAGAAGCCAAUCAAAUAUGAAGUUGGCGAGAAAUUGGCGAAGGAACUUAAAGCUGUCAAAUACGUUGAAUGUUCUGCGCUCACACAAAAAGGCUUAAAGAACGUGUUCGAUGAGGCUAUUUUAGCGGCACUUGAGCCGCCUAAGCCCGUGAAAGCUCGGUGCAUCAUUAUCUAA